CUUGGUUUAUAUUUUCUCUUGUGCAUUGAUUAGUUUUCAAAUAAAACAAACCGUUGUCAGGUUCGGUUUCUAUGCGUACACGUGGAAACAUGAGUUCCGGAUUGUCAACAUCAACAUAAACGAUACGAUCAAACCUGCACUCAGACGCUGCAUUUUUCAUCGUAACUAAUGUCUUUUGAGCAAGAUAAGCGAUCUCUCUACGAACGGCGUCGGAAUAUUCUUUACCUGAUGGCGAAUUAUUUAUCGAUCGUGGGCCUUGAGCAAACUCGUCGGACAUUGUUGGAUGAAACGCACCUAACCGAGGAAUUUCUGGUUUGCGACAAUAUUGAUCUGGAUACAAUCUACCAGGAAUACUGUAGCUACUAUCAGCUCAAGUUCGGCAAACAGCCACAUGUAGUGAAGAAAAACGAACUCUACGCAUUACAGGCUCCACUCGCACAGCCCCAGCGGAAACAGUCGGGUUACAAAAAACGUCAACAGCCAGCGAUGAAACCAAUGCCUCUGACUCCGUGCCGUCCCGAACCGGAAGCUGAAAAUGAAAUCAAAGAUUUAGGAUCCCGGAUUGUUGUUUCGCAACUGUCAACUAGUCCGCAUCUCGCGACAUCAAAUAAUUGUGCUGAACCUGUCAUUAAACCUGAAAAACCGGUCGAAAAUAGUCAUACCAUUGCGGUGAAAGAACAAAACGUGAAACCAUUUAUUAGGUUACAUGAGAAUUUUACAAGUGAAUGGAAAGAUUUUGCUGAUAUUGUUUGCAGAGAUCUUAUCAAAAAGGACCUCCACCACCGUUGGAACCAAGUGAAGGGUUUGGACACGGCUAUCAAAUUAUUGAAGGAAAGUGUCAUCACUCCAUUGCAAUAUCCACAACUUUUCGUUGGACUUGCCAAGCCGUGGCGAUGUGUUUUACUACACGGUCCACCAGGAACUGGCAAAACCUUGCUGGCAAAAACUCUCUGCUCGGAAACACGUGACUCAAUCACUUUUUUCAAUGUAACCUCGGCCACACUAAUUUCGAAAUGGCGAGGUGAAUCCGAGAAACUGAUCCGUGUGUUGUACGACGUGGCCCGGUUCUAUGCUCCCUCAAUCAUUUUCAUCGACGAAUUUGACGGUCUAGCAUCCAGGAGAGACUCCGUCGGAGAACAUGAGGCAUCCAAGAGGUUCAAGAAUGAAUUUUUGACGCUGGUUGACGGACUAGACAGUGGAACGGAUGAGGAAAGAGUAUUCCUAUUGGCAAGCACCAAUAUGCCGUGGGAAAUAGAUCCUGCAUUUCUGAGAAGAUUCGAGAAAAAGAUUCUUGUUGACGUACCCGGUGCUGAUGGGAGACAGGCAAUCAUCAACGACUUGUUACCGGUGACGAACCGGUGGGAUCCAGAACAACUGAAUGAGCUUGUGGGAAUGAGCGAAAAUUUUACUGGAGAUGAGAUUAGAAUCGCUUGCAAAGAAGCUUCGAUGAUGCUUAUCAGAGAUAAAAUUCGAGACGGUCCCGGAUCUUUAACACCAUCCGUAUCGUCCGUAACUGACGUAGUAAAAUUUAGCCAAUUAAAAGCAGCUCUAGGACAAAUUAAACCAGCCUCGCACGGAUCGAUUCAGAAGCAUCGGGAUUGGAAUCGCAAAUAUGGAAAUCAUUCCUAAAAUCCAGUGUUUAAACAAACAAUAAAUCUUUU